AUGUCAGCCGAGGUGCGGCUGAGGCAGCUCCAGCAACUGGUGCUGGACCCCAGCUUCCUGGGGCUGGAGUCCCUGCUCGACCUUCUCCUGGGCGUCCACCAGGAGCUGGGCGCCUCCGACCUGGCCCAGGACAAGUACGUGGUCGACUUCUUGGAGUGGGCGGAGCCCAUCGCGGCGAGGCUUAAAGAAGUCCGACUGCAGAGGGAUGAUUUCGAGAUUCUGAAGGUGAUCGGACGCGGGGCGUUCAGCGAGGUAGCGGUAGUGAAGAUGAAGCAGACCGGCCAGGUGUACGCCAUGAAGAUCAUGAAUAAGUGGGACAUGCUGAAGAGAGGCGAGGUGUCGUGUUUUCGUGAAGAGAGGGAUGUGCUGGUGAACGGGGACCGGCGCUGGAUCACGCAGCUUCACUUCGCCUUCCAGGACGAGAACUACCUGUACCUGGUCAUGGACUACUACGUGGGCGGGGACCUGCUAACGCUGCUGAGCAAGUUUGGGGAGCGGAUCCCGGCCGAGAUGGCGCGCUUUUACCUGGCCGAGAUUGUUAUGGCCAUAGACUCGGUGCACCGGCUGGGCUACGUGCACAGAGACAUCAAGCCGGACAACAUCCUCCUGGACCGCUGCGGCCACAUCCGCUUGGCCGAUUUCGGCUCCUGCCUGAAGAUGCAGGAAGACGGAACGGUGCGGUCACUGGUGGCCGUGGGCACCCCGGACUACCUGUCCCCCGAGAUCCUGCAGGCCGUGGGCGGCGGGCCUGGGACGGGUAGCUACGGGCCCGAGUGUGACUGGUGGGCGCUGGGCGUGUUCGCCUAUGAAAUGUUCUACGGGCAGACGCCCUUCUACGCCGACUCCACGGCUGAGACGUAUGGCAAGAUCGUUCACUACAAGGAGCACCUGUCCCUGCCGCUGGCAGACUCAGGGAUCCCCGAGGAGGCUCGAGACCUCAUCCAGCGGCUGCUGUGUCCCCGGGAGAUACGGCUGGGCCGGGAUGGAGCGGGUGACUUCCGGGAGCAUCCUUUCUUUUUUGGUCUCGACUGGGAUGGACUCCGCGAAAGCACGCCCCCCUUUACGCCAGACUUUGAGGGCGCUACCGACACGUGCAACUUCGACGUGGUGGAGGACACGCUCACUGCCAUGGUGAGCGGGGGCGGGGAAACGCUGUCAGACAUUCGGGAGGGUUUGCCGCUGGGGAUCCACCUGCCUUUCGUGGGCUAUUCCUACUCCUGCAUGGCCCUCAGGGACGAUGAGGGCCCAGGCCCCACACCCAUGGAGCUGGAGGCCCAGCCACUGCCUGAGCCACACGUAGAAGCUCCCAGCCUGGAGGAAACAGUAAGUGAGAGAAGAGGGUCCGCGGAAGUGGCAGUUCCGGAGGCGACCUUCCAGGCGGUGGCGGCUGAGAUGACGCUGCGGGAGCUCCAGGAGGCCCUGGAGGAGGAGGUGCUCUCCCGGCAGAGCCUGAGCCGGGAGCUGGAGGCCAUCCGCACGACCAACCAGAGUUUCGCCAGUCAACUACGCGAGGCCGAGGCCCGGAACCGAGAUCUGGAGGCGCACGUUCGGCAGCUACAGGAGCGGAUGGAGGAGCUGAAGGCAGAGGGAGCCGCAGCUGUCACGGGGGUCCCCAGUCCCCGGGCCACGGAUCCACCUUCCCAUCUAGAUGGCCCCCCGGCCGUGGCUAUGGGCCAGUGCCCGCUGGUGGGGUCAGGCCCCCUGCACCGCCGCCACCUGCUGCUCCCUGCCAGGGUCCAUAGGCCUGGCUUAUCGGAGGCGCGUUCCCUGCUCGUGCUCGCCGCUGCUCUGGCUCAUGCCGCCGCCCUGGGCGGCACUGGGUUGGUGGCCCGCGCCAGCCGUCUCGCCCCAGCCAGGCGCCGCCCCGGAGCCACCUUCGCCCCCUGA